AUGAAUGGAGCUGCUUGGUCAGUGGCAGAGGACCUGCACUCACUCAUUCUUAUAGAUCCCAAUUCAUCAAGUCCUUCAGCAACAGCCCCAGGGAUAAUCAGUCAUCAACAGCCUGCUUUCAGAAAUAAUGUGCCAGUUGCAAGUUCUUUGGCAUCCAGCAGUGGACUUCCGUAUUCUGCAAACAGCUCCAGAGUCUCCACACCAUUGUUGCCAACUUCUGGCAGCAUUUCUGGUUCUUCUUAUCCAAGGAAGGCGAAAAUCUCUCUUGAUACGUUCCCAGCUGACGUCCUGAGGCAAAUGGAUUCACUCAGAGGACUGGGAAUUUUAACGGAUGUGGAUUUGUUGGUGGAGUCAGAAACUUUCAGUGCUCACAGGAUUGUUUUAGCUGCAGCAUCACCUUAUUUCAAGGCCAUGUUUGUAGAAGGAAGGGAACAAUGUGACCACGGGAAGCUAGUGCUCAAGGGAAUCUCUGGCAGUGUGAUGGCUGACUUCCUCAGGUGCCUCUACACCGGCGAAGUGUUCCUCAGUCAAAGCACUGUGUGUCAACUCUUGUCAGCUGCUGUCAUGUUCCAAGUUGCCCCCUUGCUGGAUGCUUGUUGCACUUACUUAACCUCACUCUUGGACUCUGGAAAUGCCAUUGGAAUCGCUGCUUUUGCGCAGAGACACGGAUGCGAAAUACUCCACCGACAUGCUGUGCAAUUCAUUGAGCGCCACUUUGUUGCAGUUAUUGGUAACUCGGUUAACAGACUUUCUGUUGAACAGAUCAAGUCCUUUACCUGGUCAGCAAUUCAAAUAUGGACACAAUGGCUCAUCCAUUCCAGCCACUCCAUGGAGUUUCUAGAGUUACCCUCACCUAGAGUAAUGGAGAUAAUCAAGAGCAGCAACUUGAACAUAGCAGAGGAGCGCAUAGUUUAUGAUGCAGUCAUGAGAUGGGUGAAGCAUGAUGAAGGAACAAGAACUGAGAAGGCAACAGCUCUUAUGAAGGGAGUCCGCUGUGAACACUUGCCAGAAACCUUUCUACAAGACCAACUAAAGCGAUGUGCUUUGAUCCAAAAAAGUCCCAGCUUAACUGGCUAUUUGGCUAGAGUUUACCAGGACAUCAGGGACCAGCACAAGCAUGGUAGUACAGAAAGUGCUUCCUCACACUUGAUUUAUGUUGUGGGAGGCUACCAGAAGUCUGCAGUGAAUGUGGUUGAGUGCUGGAACCCAAAGCAUCCCAAUUGGGAGUCUGUAGAGGGACAGUGGAAUCCUUGUUCCCCUUUGCCAGAGCCCAGGUCAGGCUGUGGAGCUGCUAUUUUGCAAGCAAGUUUUUCUCAUAUUGGAAUACUUUAUGUUGCUGGAGGAAGGAUUUACAAGCCAUCAGCUGGCUCCUAUGUGGACACAGAUCGCUGUGAUGCUUAUGAUCCCUAUACUAAGAAGUGGACCAGGUGCACAAACAUGCUCCACAAACGCAACAGACUCGGUUUGGUAACACUGGAUGGUUUCAUUUACGCCGUUGGUGGAUGCGACAAGAGCUGCUUUUUGAGAUCUGCUGAAAGAUACGACCCAACCAGAAACGUGUGGGACAGAAUUGGGUGGCUCAUCACGUCCAGAGUUGGGGCUGGUUACGCAGUGGACAAAUUCAUUUACGCAAUCGGGGGUUUCGAUGGCGCAGACAGACUGAAAUCAGUGGAACAAUACGACCCCACAACCACUCAGUGGAACUUUGUGGCUUCCAUGAAGGAAAAACGCAGUGGAGCCGGCGUGGCAGCAAUGGGUAAAUUUAUCUACGUCUUCGGAGGAUUCGACGGAUCCGCACAACUGAACACCAUAGAAAGAUACGACAUUGCUCAAGAUGUCUGGCAUUGUGUGGCCGUCAUGAAUUCUCCUCGUUCAGCCCUUGCAGUUUGCGUCGUCAGUGACAGAAUUUACACUAUUGGUGGGUAUGAUGGACAGGAUUUCCGGUCCGACGUGGACAUUUUUGACCCGGCGACCCAAAGUUGGGACUCGGGAUUGUCCCUGAAAUUCCCCAGAUCUGGUCACGCAGCAGCUGUGGCAUUCGGAAUGGUUCGCCGUCAUAAUAAUGGGAUGACCAGUAGCAGCAUCAGCAGUGGAGAGUCCAAGAAUCACAGCAGCAAUGCCGGACCCAACAGCGACAGUCCGUUGUUCGAACUGAUGAACGAAGACGACGUUGAUGUCGACAUUCGACAACAUAACAACGCAUUGGUCGAUGUGAAAACCGUCUUUCCAUUAUUACACUUUCUUCUUUCUCCUCCUCGGGUUGUGACUUUCAUUCGGGUUCCUUUUUGUAAACUGAGCAGGUGUCGAGCUUUUAGAACCCCCGGGGCCUCGUCGAACGUAACCCUUUUGGGCGGCACGCGAGUAAACGUCGUUGACGGCAAACGGAGACUCGCCAGCGACAAAAUCUGGAUCCAGAGCCAA